AACCAUGAAUUCAUAACGCUCGUACUAUUAUCCCUUAUUUUAAGAAAUUUUAUGAUGGGCAUUAAACUAGUAGAAAUGCUAGUGGAACGUACUCCUAGACACCACCACGAUAAAGUUAUAAAUUAAAAUGCACAAAUGUCAAAAAAUCAGCUGAUUUUGAAGUUUCUAAGUUUUGGUUAGAAUGUGAAUAUGACGAAUAGUAACACACUGAAAAUGGAUAUCGCAACCACUAACGAUGCUAUGGAAAAUUUAUAUCCAGCCCUUGCACAAUGCUUUGCAAUAAUAAUAUCUACAUGGCUGGUCGUUUUAAUCUUAUAUCAGAAACUGAAGCAAAGGGUAUUCAUACUUUUGUGGGGAUAUUUGCUCUACCAUCACUCAUUUUUAUGUCACUGGCGCAGCUGGAUUUAACUACAGUUAAUUGGACAUUUCUUUUGUCUAUAUUAUUGGCAAAGAGUAUUAUAUUUUUUACUGUGAUUCUUAUAACAUUAUUAAUAGGAAGACCUCGUAAUUAUGGAAGAGCUGGAAUAUUUGCAAUAUUUUGCACCCAAAGUAACGAUUUUGCUAUUGGAUAUCCAAUUAUUGUUGCAUUGUAUAAAAAGACACAUCCAGAAUUUGCAUCCUAUUUAUAUUUAAUGGCUCCAAUCAGUUUGGCAAUUUUGAAUCCUAUUGCGUUUAUAUUAAUGGAAAUUGGAAAACGACAAAAUCUUCUUACCGAAUUGAGCAUUAACAGGACUGAGGAGAAUUUGACAACUGAUAAAAAUUACAUACUGAAAACAAUUAUUUCAGUAAUAAAAAGCAUCUUUCUUAAUCCUAUUAUUUUUAUGACUCUGCUGGGAAUAGUAGGAAAUUUAAUUUUUAAACAUCAUGUGCCAUGCUUAUUAGGACAAAUAUUAGAGGUCAUGGGUUCUGCUUUUUCGGCCAGUGCUUUAUUUCUUUUGGGACUUCGAAUGGUUGGAAAAAUUCAUAAAUUAAAGGGUGCUACGUUAAUUUUACCAGGAAUAUUAAUUAUAGUAAAACUUUUAUUUUUACCAAUAGUGACACGUGAAAUAAUAAGUUCCUUACAUGCCGGCUCAAAUGCUUCUGAAACGUUACAUUUAAGUACCUAUGGUUUUUUAUAUGGCACUUUUCCAUCAGCACCAACCGUUUUUGUUUUUGCAACGCAAUAUUCUGUGGAUAUAGAUUUGGUAGCCAGUGCCAUGGUUGCUUGCACCUUUAUGAGCGCUCCUCUGAUGUUUGUGUCGGCCAAAAUGAUUACCUUAACAAACACGGAUCCAUCGAAUUAUAUAAAACAAUUGAACGAUUUUACUAUGGAUAUCAGUAUUGCAGGCUUAGUUGUUGGUGUAUGGGUGAUAAUGGUUUUUGUCUUAACUAAAAAGAUUUUCAGGAUUCCUCAAAGAGUUACUACAUGCUUGUUGAUCUCACAGUUACUAAGUUGCAUUGGGGCAAUAUUAUGGAAUGUCUUCGAACAUAAAGAGGGAUGGACGAGUUAUUUCCAGUUUAUGAUUUCUACAGUGGGUAUAUAUAGUUCUCGAAUUUGGACUGCUCUUUUGGCACUGACUCUACUCCUUUUACAAUAUCGUGGUUUAUGUUUUAUACUUAAACUUCAACCUUAUUUUGGUGUUGUGGGUUGGGGGGUUCCUACUUUAUUUUCAGUGUUGUUUUUACUUUUUGAUAAACAAAAUUCUAUUCCCUAUGACAAAAGAAAUCCAAACUUUAUUUAUGGAGCACCCCAAGCAAUUGUAACAAUAUCUCUGCUAGUUUUAUCUUUCAUAGUGACGGUGGGCUCAUUGAUUCUUCAUCAGAGACAUAGUGUUCGUUAUUCUCGGUAUUUGAAUUUAGCUAACGACAUUGCUUCGACGUUUAACCAAAGGAACUCUCACGAUGAUGCUGAAAGUAGUAGUAAUUUAGUAGAUCCUUGCCCAAAUAAUUCCGAAGAUCUUUUCGAGCAUGAGAAACGUAAUACAUUGUCUACAAUUAAAGAGAGCACUUCUGACCAAAGUGUGCGAUCCACUGUCACUGAUAUUGAAGAUUUGGGGGGUGACAGUUUUGUGGAAAAUGACGAUCAGAGUAUACCACAAAGUGCAAUGUGCCCUGCACGUUUCUCUUGUUGUGAUUCUCAGAGAUCUCGUUGUAAUACUGUAAUGCAGUAUUAUGAAGGGGAAAGUGCAAACAUCGAAUACAUCGAAGAAGAACCGGAAAGUCAUGAUCUUCAAGUCUUAUCACACAUAGUUUUAUUGAUAUUUCUUCUGUGCUCUAUGUUUGUGGGAUUGGCAUUAUCCGUUUGGACGCUUAUUAUGGAAGGAAUGUCAGGGAUUUACAUAGAAAUCUCAUUUUUGGAUGCUACCCUUAAUUUCGGUCAAAGCAUAAUUGUAUUCGCAAUAUUUGGUUUAAAUACCAAAGAGAUUUUCUUACCACUUUUAAAUUUUUGGACGAAACUAACAUUUGGAAUGAAAAAAUUGACGCUACCAACCUGGGAUGACCUGGAAUACGACACAAAGCAUGUAUGCGAGCAGUUUAGAACGCAUCAUUUAGAAAAUUGUAGGAAAGAAUUAGCUAAAGAUAAAAGAUGGCGAUUAAAAGUAUAUAAGAAUGUAUUUUCUGGAAAAGAUUUUGUGAAUUGGUUAAUAGAAUAUGGCUUAGCCAGAGAUAGAAUAGAAGCAACAAAUUAUGGGAAGCGCCUUGUAGAUGGUAACGUUUUAAUGCACAUUAAUCAAGUUUAUCAUUUUUAUGACAGAAACUUGCUAUACACUUUAAAUUAGGCUUAUUUUAUGGUAAUAUCCUAUUACCUGCAUAGAAGAGUCCACGCUUAUUUCUUUCAUCUGUUACGUUUUAUAUUUUAAGCAUAACGGUGUUGUUAAGAUUGUGAUUUUGGUAUCUGUGAAAGAUGCUAUUGUCAGAUGCCAACUUACUGUAUGUUUUUUGAAAUGUAAUUUUUAAUAGUUAGCAUCAACUUAAACCAAAGUUUAGAAAUAUUUUUUUUAUUUAUUGUAUCUAGCGAAGUUUAUACGUCAGCCAUGGUGUAAACUUCUAAUGUAGUAAUGUAAUUGUUAAAAUAAAGUGAAAAUGUAAUAAAAAGUUGCGUAACAUGGAA